CAAAAAUGUACACACCCUAGCCCCUCCUUCCUCACCCUCGCAGCCGCGCUCCCCAAAAUCAAAUUGAUCUGUUACUGUGCGUAACAGCUCCUCACUGCUUUGCAACAAUUUACGUGGAAAACACACAGCAGCACAAAAAUUCUGUGUGAUGUUAAGCUACAAUAGCAACAAUAAAGAGAGAAGAAAAGGGUAAAAGAGGAUCCCACAUAACAAUGGCGUCUAAAGAAACCUGCAGAACCGAACUCCGUUCUGCCGUACGACUCCUCAGCGACCGUUGUCUCUACUCUGCGUCCAAAUGGGCAGCGGAGCAAUUGAUGGGGAUAGAGCAAGAUCCCGCGAAGUAUACCCCUUCGCACACUCGAUUCCAGCGUGGAAGCUCCAGCAUCCGCCGCCGGUUCCGAACCGCCGCCUCCGGCGACUCCUCCGCCACCCCUUCAGGUGGGGUGUCCUAUGUGGCCACGCCGUUGAUGGCGGGGGUAGAGGAGUAUGAUUAUGCUGCCGUCGAUAACGAUUUUUAUUUGCUAGCAAAGUCUUACUUUGACUGUAGAGAAUACCGCCGGGCGGCCCAUGUGCUCCGGGACCAGAUAAGCAAGAAAGCCAUUUUCCUACGCUGUUACGCACUUUAUUUGGCUGGAGAAAAGCGAAAAGAAGAAGAGAUGAUAGAACUGGAGGGACCCUUAGGCAAGAGUGAUGCUGUGAAUAAAGAAAAUGUUUCUCUCGAGAGGGAGUUGUCCACACUUCGCAAAAAUGGAACAAUAGAUUCCUUUUGUCUUUACGUGUAUGGUCUUGUCCUUAAGGAGAAGGGCAGUGAGAAUCUUGCGAGGACAGUGCUUGUCGAGUCUGUAAACAGUUAUCCUUGGAAUUGGAGUGCUUGGUCCGAACUACAAUCCUUGUGCACUACUAUUGAGACAUUAAAUAGUCUUAAUCUUAAUAACCAUUGGAUGAAGGACUUUUUUCUUGCCUGUACAUACCAGGAACUCCGGAUGCAUAAUGAAUCCUUGUCCAAGUAUGAACAUCUGCAAACAACCUUCAGUUUUAGCAAUUAUAUCCAGGCCCAAAUUGCUAAAGCUCAGUAUAAUCUGAGGGAAUUUGAAGUAGUCGAAGUUAUAUUUGAAGAGCUUUUAAGAAACGAUCCAUAUAGAAUUGAAGACAUGGAUAUGUAUUCCAACGUCCUCUAUGCAAAGGAAUGCUUCUCUGCUUUAAGUUAUCUUGCUCACAGAGUGUUUUUAACAGAUAAAUACAGACCCGAGUCUUGUUGUAUUAUUGGAAACUAUUACAGUUUGAAGGGGCAGCAUGAAAAGUCAGUUGUGUAUUUCCGGCGUGCACUCAAAUUAAAUAAAAAUUAUUUAUCAGCUUGGACACUCAUGGGUCACGAGUAUGUCGAGAUGAAGAAUACCUCAGCUGCAGUUGAUGCCUAUCGGCGCGCUGUGGAUAUAAAUCCUUGCGACUAUCGCGCCUGGUAUGGGUUAGGACAAGCUUACGAGAUGAUGGGAAUGCCCUUCUAUGCACUUCACUAUUUUAAGAAGUCGGUAUUCUUGCAGCCAAAUGAUUCUCGACUGUGGAUUGCCAUGGCUCAGUGUUAUGAAGCCAAACAGCUUCAUAUGCUUGAGGAGGCAAUCAAGUGUUACAAAAGGGCAGCUAAUUGUAAUGACAGAGAAGCAAUUGCUCUGCACCAAUUGGCAAAACUUCAUUGCGAACUUGGUCAUACUGAAGAGGCAGCAUUUUAUUACAAGAAGGAUUUGGACAGAAUGGAAGCUGAAGAGAGAGAAGGACCAAAUAUGGUGGAGGCUUUGAUGUUUCUUGCCCAACAUUGCAAAUCUAAGAAAAGAUUUGAGGAAGCAGAAGUGUAUUGUACUCGUCUUCUCGACUAUACUGGUCCAGAAAAGGAAACUGCAGAGAGUAUUCUUCGAGGAAUAAGAUACGAAAAGUUGGACGUUGAGCAUUUCCCGUCCUAAAAUUUCUAAGGCCAUACAAGUUUAUUUGAUAAUCGAUUUCGAAUCUUGGAAGUGCAAUGUCAACAUGAUGACCUACAAAGAGUAGUUGAUUAUGUCAUUAGAAAUUAGCUGGUGUUUUAUUGCAUAGUUUUCUUUAAUUUGAUUUCAUAAUCGGAUGGCGUAGCUAUAACAUUAUCAACAUUUCUUUUCUUGGAAUCAAAAGUUUUCUUGAUCAACCAUUGGGAAUUUGCAAUUGGUGCAGUCA